GAUAGCCAAGAGAGCAAUAAUAAAAAUGCAACAUCUUCAGAGUCGAAAAAGCAGUAUCAACGUGGACAACAACCACCUAACAAACGAAGACGUGUUCGUGGAGGAUCGAUAGCUGCCGCGGUAUCGUCAACGCGAACUACUGUCUCAAUAAUCGAAGAAGAAGCUAAAGAAAUAGCAAAUUUUAUCAAUCAUAAUAUUACAUCCUUUGCUGCAAGCUCUACACAAAAGGAAGCUUCAAAAAGUAGUGAAAUGUAUGAUGAUGACGAAUUUGAUGCCAAAGCAUUUUCAACAUACUUUGGACUUCUUCCGCUGCAAUCUUUGGUUAUUAUUCGACCAAUUUCUGGAGAUGACGAUAGAAUGUUAGAGGCGCUAAAGCCUAAAUAUAUAAUUAUCUAUCAUCCAGAUCAAAGAUUUGUUAGGCGCGUCGAGACAUUCCGCGCAAUACAUCCCGGAAUAUCAUGUAAAGUAUAUUUCAUGGUUUAUGAAAAUUCAGUAGAAGAACAGAGAUAUUUAAGCGCCAUACGAAAAGAAAAAGAGGCUUUUGAAAAAUUAAUUAAAGAAAAUUCUGUAAUGGCAAUUCCUUUGGGCAAGCCGAGAAUUAUUUCGCGUAAUCCGGAUGAUAUGUUUUUGAGAACAGCUAAUACUCGUAUAGCGGGUGGAAGAGAAAUCGCUCAGCCAAUUGCACAUAAGAUCAUAGUAGACAUUCGAGAAUUUCGUUGUAGCUUACCGUCGCUUCUUCAUGCACAUGGGAUAGAAAUCCUUCCCUGCACAUUAAAAAUUGGUGAUUAUAUUUUAUCACCUGAUAUUUGUGUUGAGAGAAAAUCUAUUUCUGAUUUAAUUGGGAGUUUUACCUCGGGAAGACUAUAUACGCAGUGCGAAACCAUGUCAAUAUAUUAUAAACAACCCAUAUUAUUAAUUGAAUUUGAACAAAACCAAACGUUUACGCUUCAAGCAAUAAAUGAUUUGAAGUCUGACAUCAACAUCUAUGAUAUCUCUUCAAAACUAGCAAUGCUUACUCUGACAUUUCCUCGUGUAAAAAUUAUUUGGUCUUCAAGUCCUCACGCAACCGUCCAAAUAUUUGAGGAUUUAAAGGAAUCACGCGAUCAGCCUGACCUUGAAACGGCGCAGUCUAUCGGAGUAGAAAAUGAGGAUAUCACCGACUAUAACUUGUCACCACAGGAUAUCCUUCGUGCAUUACCCGGGAUAACCGCAAAAAACUAUAAACAUAUUAUGGCUAAAGUUGAAAAUUUGCGCGAAUUAACAGAAUUAUCUUUAAGAGAGUUACAAAUCUUAAUUGGUGCUGAAAAUGGCAAAACCUUAUAUGAAUUUCUCGAAAGAAAU